CCAGUAGUGCGAUGAGAAGUUUAUCCGUAAAUCAGCUAUCGCAACACAACUACAUCAUGCUGCAGUGUUUUCAACUAAUGUGCUUGGCUCUUCUGGCAACAGCCGCCACUGGACAGGAGUACAACCUGCCAGCAGUCAACAGCAAUCCUGGCCCGCAAGAUGGACGUAUUGUGGGCGGCUGGGAGACAAACAUCACGCACUUUCCACACCAGGUCUCUUUGCAGAUGGGUAAUCGUCAUAUCUGUGGCGGCACGAUAAUCGCACCAAAUGUCAUCCUUACCGCUGCCCACUGUCUGGCAAGAAGCAACGAGCCCUUAAGCUAUGCCAUACGCGCUGGCUCCACCAUGUGGUCCAGUGGUGGCAGUUACAUUCGUGCCCGUCGCAUCGUCACGCAUCCGCAAUUUAAUGCACCCACGCACAUGAACAACGACAUCGCUUUGAUAUGGCUGCAAAGGUCGCUCGUCUACAGUCCAUUGAUACAGGCCAUCCCAUUGGUUACGCCGACGGAUAAUGUGCUACCGCAGGCACAACUCUUUGUCAGCGGCUGGGGCUCCACAACAGUCGAGAAUGUGGUCACUGCGCCGCGUUUGCAUUACACAUUUGUGGUGCAAAUGGAUCGUCAGCGGUGCACACAGAACUAUUUUGGUGCUGGCACCGUUACGGGAUCAAUGUUCUGUGCUGGCAGCAAGUCUGGACUCGGCGAUCGUGACAGUUGCAUGGGUGAUUCGGGUGGCCCACUCAUCACCAGCAUUGCGGGUCGCUUCAAGCUGCUGGGCAUUGUCUCCUGGGGCUUGGGGUGUGCCAAUGCUCAAUACCCAGGAGUUUACACCUAUGUCACAGCUCAUACUAACUGGCUAACACAGACGCUCAGCACAUUAGCCUAGUCUUAUGUUUGUUAAUUGCUUUAAGGGCACACUAUAUAUAUGUAUAUUUGUUAUAGCGAGCAAAUCAGCUCGUGUGAUACUGAAAUUACAUUUUCUCUGUAAAAUAA